CCGGUAUGACUCAUCAAAACAAGCAUGACAAAGCGAAACAGGUUGAUAUUAUUCGCAUGGUAAAUACGGCAACUAAACAGUUAAAGAAAGAACAAGUUUUCACUGCAUUGUAAACUGAAGUAGAAAGUAAGAUUCAUUGAAUUGCGUAAUAUCGACCAUGAGUGGAAGAUUAAGUGAUGCUGAGAUUGCGUCGAGUUUGGUUGAAGCUGAUGUUUUGACCAAAGAUUUCAUUAUGCAACAAACCAUGCUGAGGGUGAAGGACCCGAAAAAAUCACUCAAGUUUUACUCGGAAGUUCUUGGGAUGCGGUUACUUCUACAACUUCACUUUGACGCGAUGAAGUUCUCCCUUUACUUCAUGGGUUACGCUGAUGCGAAGGAUAUACCGGAUGACCCCACGGAGCGGAAGACGUGGGUGUUUCGGCAACCGGGUACGAUCGAGCUGACUCAUAAUUGGGGGUCGGAGAAUGAUGACUCGGUGGUUUAUCACAACGGAAACGCUGAUCCUCGUGGGUUCGGACACAUCGGGGUAAGCGUGCCCGAUGUUUACACAGCGUGUGAGAGGUUCGAUAAAUAUGGGGUGGAAUACGUUAAGAAACCCGAUGCGGGUUCCAUGAAGGGGUUGGCUUUUAUUAAGGAUCCGGAUGGCUAUUGGAUUGAGGUUUUAAGCACAAACCAAAUGGUGAAAAUUUGUUAAAUCUAAAUAAAAUGAAUCUUUAAUUAUGAUUCACAUUAAUAUAACGAAAAUUAAGUGGAAAUUAAAACAAUUGAAUCUUAAAUUUAGGUUAAAAUGUUUGACAUUUAUAUUUUUGUUUGCAAAAAGUGAUAAUUAAGAAUAAAGUCUUAUAACUGGCUUCUUGUUAUUUUACAAACUGAUUUUUGGCAAUAAAAACAACAUUGAUUUUAUUGAAAAUUUGAAACUAGUGUUUUGUUGGCCAUUGUGAGACUUUGUGUGAAAAACAUCGGUUUCAAUUAUUUAAGUUAAUUUUUAUGCCAAUAGAUCAGUCUAAUGGAUAUUUAGCUGCUUCGUGAUAUUGAAAUGGUACAACUAUCUGUGUGUUUAAUUUAAUUUGUAGAUUUGAUAAUUUAGGCUAUUCUGUUCAAACUUCUACUGUAAUUAUUUGCAAUGUUGUUUUAAAUAUCAACCCCUGGAAUGUUUGAUCUUGUUAGUUCUAUAUAAAAUAUGAACGUUUAUUUUACACAACUGUUUAAUGUUGAUAAUUUGCAAAUUUGUUUCAAAAUAAGUUCAUGUUUUUUAUGUUUCACAAAAGAUGUAAAAUUCAAACUGAAGUUUAUUUAAAAUCAAAAUUCGUUUUAUUUUUUAUGAAUGAAAACCUCAAAAUUUAGAAAUAUAUAUAUUUGUAAAACAUCAUACUGUCCAAAUGUGAACGUUUUCUUGAAAGAUUCAUCUCAGUUUAUUUGAAAAAAGUUAGAAAGUUCGUUUUAUUAAACAUUUGUGUUUAAAAGAUGUAAAAUUCAGAUGAAAAUUUAUUUAAAGUUUCAAUGUUAUUCAUAUUUGUUGUUUGAAUUAAUCUGAGGGUUUAAGACUUUUCUGUUCAUACUUCAUAACUACCCACAUGCCACAUUCAAAACUUAAUCAUCGUAAUUUCUUUAAUCUAG